CGCCUGCGCGAAAAAACCUCCAAACGCGUUUUUACCAGUUGAACAUCGUUUCUUCCAUUUUUGUUUACGUUUGCACCGCGAAUAUUCGUGCACUUGCACUCGCAAUUUGUUCUGUGCCAGCGGCGCUCUUUCGCCGGCAAGUUGCUCCACUCCACGACCCAGAGGCCGCGCAACCGGACGAGGCGGUGGACUCCAGUUUGCUCUCGGCAGGCAUUUCACCCAGCACUUGUCAUUAUCAUCGGCGGACGCCUUUGAUCAUCGGCAUCGGCAUCUCCGAACCGAAAGUGGUUCUUUUGUUCUGCUUUCUGGCCACCUUUCCCCGCUCCCCGCUCCCUGUGCCUCUUCGUCUUCUUCUUCUUCUGGCCACCUAGACACGUCAACAGAUUUGGAAUUGGGAAUUGGUUAACUGGAGCUGAGACUUUCGAGUUUCGAGAUGCGCGUGAGCACCAUCCGCAGCGGUCGGAUCUGCCGGUUGGCACUGUGCCUGCUGGUGCUGCUGCCACUGCUCUACCUGCUGGCAAACUGGAGCGAUCACCACAAGCGCGUCCAGGAGGCGUACCACACGCGCUUCGGCGGCCCAAAGUUCGCCCACCAACGACUGGAGGGGCGGCCCAGGGAGGUGCCCAAGCUGGUCGAAGGCCUGGGCAACUUUGAGCCGAAAGAUGUGAAGCCACGUAGCGGACCCGGCGAGAAUGGAGAGGCCCACAGCCUGUCGCCCGACAAGAAGCACAUGUCGGACGCCUCCGAAAUGGAGUACGGCAUGAACAUCGCCUGCUCCGAUGAGAUAUCGAUGCACCGAGCGGUGCGGGACACGCGGCUGGAGGAGUGCCGCCACUGGGACUACCCCUUCGACCUGCCAAGCACCAGCGUUAUCAUUGUCUUCCACAACGAGGGCUUCUCGGUGCUGAUGCGAACCGUGCACUCGGUCAUCGACCGCUCGCCCACCCACAUGCUCCACGAGAUCAUCCUCGUGGACGACUUCUCCGACAAGGAGAACCUGCGCACCCAGCUGGACGAGUAUGUGCUGCAGUUCAAGGGACUGGUUAAGGUCAUCAGGAACAAGGAGCGCGAGGGUCUCAUUCGGACGCGAUCCAGGGGAGCCAUGGAGGCAACAGGUGAGGUGAUCGUCUUCCUGGACGCCCACUGCGAAGUAAACACCAACUGGCUACCACCGUUGCUGGCCCCCAUCUACCGGGAUCGCACUGUGAUGACAGUGCCCAUCAUCGAUGGCAUUGACCACAAGAACUUUGAGUAUCGCCCGGUUUAUGGAACGGACAACCACUUCCGCGGCAUCUUCGAGUGGGGCAUGCUGUACAAGGAGAACGAGGUACCGCGCCGCGAGCAGCGCCGCCGUCCGCACAACUCGGAGCCCUACCGCAGUCCCACUCACGCCGGCGGACUGUUCGCCAUCAAUAGGGAGUACUUCCUGGAGCUGGGCGCCUACGAUCCAGGUCUGCUGGUCUGGGGCGGCGAGAACUUCGAGUUGAGCUUCAAGAUCUGGCAGUGCGGCGGCAGCAUCGAGUGGGUGCCCUGUUCCCGAGUGGGCCACGUCUACCGCGGCUUUAUGCCCUACAAUUUCGGAAAGCUGGCGAGCAAGAAGAAGGGGCCACUGAUCACCAUCAACUACAAGCGCGUCAUCGAGACGUGGUUCGACGACACGCACAAGGAGUACUUCUAUACCCGCGAGCCACUCGCCCGCUAUCUGGACAUGGGCGACAUUAGCGAGCAGCUCGCUCUGAAAAAGCGACUGAACUGCAAGAGCUUCCAGUGGUUUAUGGACCACAUCGCCUACGACGUGUAUGACAAGUUCCCGGGACUGCCAGCCAACCUGCACUGGGGAGAGCUGCGCUCGGUGGCCUCAGACGGAUGCUUGGACUCCAUGGGCCACCAGCCGCCUGCCAUCAUGGGCCUCACAUACUGCCAUGGAGGAGGAAACAAUCAACUGGUCAGGUUAAAUGCCGCCGGACAACUAGGCGUGGGCGAGCGUUGCGUGGAGGCCGAUCGGCAGGGUAUCAAGCUUGCUGUGUGUCGCCUGGGGACAGUCGAUGGUCCUUGGCAGUACAACGAGCACACGAAGCACCUCAUGCACCGCGUCCACAAGAAGUGCAUGGCCCUACACCCAGCCACCCAGCAAUUGUCAUUGGGUCACUGCGAUGUCAACGAUAGCUACCAGCAGUGGUGGUUCAAGGAGAUACGCCCGCGCUGGUAAGUCCAGUGUGGACGAUCAGGAUGAGGGGAAGAAGCAGCAGGAGGAUCAAGGGAUGGAUCACAAGGGUUUCAGCCGGGGCAACGGGGGCGAUAUUUUAGACAAAAGCAAUUUAGUGAAAAUGAGAAAUGGAAUUGUUGUUGGUUUUGUAACGCAAACAAGUAUAUACACACGAAAAAACAAGAAAUCAUUCAGAUGUAAACAUACAAAUAAGCAUUUAUGUAACGCACUGUACAUAUGCACUGUCGGCACAUGGAAAUCCCCUAGGUAAUUAGGGUCCAAGCCAGGGCAUAGAAUGCUAUGUGGAUAAAUCUGCGACGAUAUUAUUAAAGCUUAGGAGUUCCGAUUUUGUGCAACAAUUUCGCAAAGACCUUUUUAGAUUGUAAAUCUCAAAUCUUCAAUUAUUCUUAUGUUAGGAAAAUUGCUUUUAGACUAUAUUUGUAAGUCGCUCGAAAACUGGAGACAAAUAUGGCAAGUUGUAUCAAUGUGCAAUUUUUAAAUCUAAAUGUUUGUUCUUUGAGUAGUGCUCCCAAAAACGUUUUGUAUUUGCAUUUAGAGAGAUUUAAUUAAAAGAUACAAUAAGCAUAUUUUAAAUUUACAAAAUGGCACUUAGUGUAGAACAAAACUCAUCACAACUAGUUGGAUACCAUCACACUUUUAUUGGCGAAUCUCAUACAACAGUUAUUCAAUAAUUUAUAAGGAUCUAAACUUUGGGGAUUUCCAUGCCGGCCUUGUGUGUCUUUGCGAAUGAGUGAGAGCAUGCGAGAUAGAAAUAGAACGGAAGCGAAAUAGAGGGAGAUAGCGCGAGAACGAAAGGGCGACAAGUCGUUGGCGAAUGGAGUGCAAUAGAGGAUUAAUGGGACGGGACGAUACGGCCGCAGAUUGUUUUGCUUUAUGAUUGCCAACACAAAUUAAUGUACUAACCUUAGUCUGUACUCCUGUAACUCCAACUAACCUUAGCUUAGUUUUGAUGCUGCCACAUUCCAAUCUAAUCUUAUAUAAUCCAAUCGAAUCCGAACCGAUCGAGUCUGCAGCGAAGCUCGGCUCUUUAAUUUUUUACGUAACAUUUUUUUUUCGAUUUCCGUAAAGCUCUCUGUACCAGAUAGUCGUAAUCGUAAUUGAUCGUUGCAAAGUGCUUCGGGAGUUCGAUUUUUGAAAACAAUAUUUUACAUUCAUGUGUAACUUUAGAGUUAUCGAUAAGUCUGAAUAAUAGAAAUAAACACGUUUUCUAAACACUUUA